UGUACCAUUUUAUUAUAUGGAUGUUGGGCGAUAGUGUUCGCGUUUCGAUAUUAUAGUGCCUAAUAUAAGUUGUUUUGUUUGAUUUUAUCUUAAGGUGACUGAUAUUUGACCGUUUUAGCGGUUAAAAUCGCCAUCAAUAAGCAGUGAGUUGAACUGUUGUUUUGAAUUUCGGUGCUCUCUGACAGCGCGGAUUGGCACUUUCGUUCAGUUGCUAGACAUUCGUUAUUUUACGUAACCAAAUCGAUAGGCUGGCAUGACGUCACGAGCUGUCAAAGUUUGUUCCACGGCCUAAUUUUUUCCUUUAUUCCGCGAUGAGUUUGUGGUAAAAAGAUUUUCGUAUUGCGGAAAAUAGCAGGAAAGUGAAGUGAACUGUUCGAAAAAGUGUGUCCCGAUCGAACCGGCACCCGGAAGCAACCGGUGCAACUGAAAAAUCUAACCAAUCGAGACCCCGCAGGCCAGAACGUCUCCACACGCACGGGACGGCUAGAAUUGCAGAGGGCCACUCUGCGCUGCCACACACAGCAGAAGGAGCAGCAGCAGCAGCUAACCUAUAUUUUCGCGAGGAGGUAGUUUUUUUUUGAUUGCUAGUAUUUUCUCUCGCUCGCAUACUCAGCACUUCAGACACUCGUCAGCGCUGGCACUUGUGCUGCGUGGAGAGGGAAUUAUAAUUGAUGAUUCAAUGCGAUGUGGAAAACUGAUGUAGACAUGCACUUGUUCGGGUAUUGAAUAGUUCCCAUCUGACCACUCCCCCUGGUAAAAAUAUAAGAAAAGUGCGAACAAUUAUGCUUGAUCUGGUGUGACGUCGAAUUUUUUUGAAUCAAGUAAGAGUAUGCAGAGUGGAGGAGGACCAUUGCAACCGGCUGGGCCCGGAACUCGGGUGCUGAUGUCGGGAACGCCGAACUCACAGCAGCAGUCCGAAAUGCAGAAGAUGCAGUCCCAGCCGCUGCAAAUGAAUCAACCGUACCAGCAGUCGAGUCUGUAUCGAAGCGCUGGUACAAACCAGAGUACGCGACCGCCGCGUCCCAUGAUGCAAGCAUACCAUCCUGCGCCAAUUUAUGCCGCACAGCUCUAUCCGGUGCCGUACAAUACUCGGAUUCCAAACCAGUGGACCAACAUCGGAUCUUUACCGGCCUAUCCGCAUCAGUACUAUGUACCCCAGCCAGCCCAUUUAAUUCAGGGCCAGCCUCUGCAAAACCGACGUAAUCCGGCCGGUGAAAACAGUCUCAUGCAACAGGUUCAGCUGCCACAGCCGCACCCGAACCAACAAUCUUCGCCAAUGGCCGUUUCGCACGAUUUGAUAGCUAUGCAACAGCAAAUCCAUCAGCAACAGCAGCAACAACAACAACAGCAGCAGCAGCAACAGUCUCAACAGACGCCUCAGCAGGUUCCUGGGGCCGGUCAAGCACCGAUGGAUCACAACCAGCCAAACCCUGCUCAAGUGAGCGUUGGAGGACCGCAGCCUCCUCCACCACACGCAAUGAUGUCCCAGCUGCAGUUGGGAACUCCUCAUAUGGCACCAGUGGCCGGAGCAAUUCCGCCGCCGAAAACAACGUAUAACAAGAAAAAACGCGCUGCAGCUAUUCCAAUUAUUAACCCAGCUACAAACAAGGAUGUACUGGAAGAAAUUUACAACGAUUUGACGCCACCGACGUCGUCCACGCCGACAGUAUCAUCAUCGGUUCCCGGUCCGACGGCAACUUCAACAGUAGCACCGGCAGCAGUUCCAACCGCGUCGUAUAAUCCAAUUCCCCCUAAUGUAGCGCAAGUUCCACUAAACCCGACCGUAGAAUCCGACUAUGAUAAUUACACACCUCAUCCUCACCAGGGAACACCGGAGCUAGCGUCAACCCCCGGGGCGGCAAUGGGCUUAAUGCAACAUCAUCAGCCGCCGCCACCACAUCUCCAUCAUCCGCCUCCGAAUCAUCCGCCACCAUCGCACGGUCACCAUCCGGGAGCUCAUCCUCUUCUACAGCAGCAGCAACCGCCACAUUUGCAACACGAUUUAGUGGGACGAUCCCAAGCCGGACAAACCCAACAACACGAACUGAUCUAUUCCGGUCCAACGUUGAAAAUCGUCAAUCAACCGCCGCCGCCACACCAUACGCAUCUAGAAAUGACGACCCCCGGUGGAACACCGGUUGUAUCUGCGAUUGCGGAUGGACCCUCAGUAGAAAUCAAACCCUACCAACAGAAGAAAAAGAAACCAAUCAGUAAUAGCGAGGUGGUCAUGCAACAACCACCACCACCCCAACAGCAGCACCAACAGCAACAGCAUCAUCUUCCAGCCACUAGCAAUCCUCCACCUCUACAGCAACAGCAGCCGCCACAUAUGCAGACUGUCCUGUUGAGCGAAACUCCGGUUCCAACUGGUAUACACAUUCCGCCGUCGUACGUUCGACCGGAAAGGACCAUCUCGGAGAAAUCGAUUGCCGAAUCGACCCUCUCGACCGAUGCUGAACCCUUUGUCUACACCGGCCCAAGCAGCCUUGGGCAGAUUCCUCCUCCUCCGCAAUCAGCUCCACCGUUGGUAGUGGAAAUGUCCGUUCCACCACCAUCGGCCCCAUCGUCAGCUCAGCCACUGCUCGCACCGAUUGUGGUGCAUCCGGAGUUAGUACCGUUUGUGCCGUCCGCCGUGGCGAUCCCCAUUCAAACGGUGAUCGUAGCCGAACCACCCCCGGAACUGAAACCAAUCGAACAGUCGCCGCCACCACAACUACAACCUCCGACGGUAACGACGACCGCACCGAUGGUGACGAAUAAAAACAGCAAAGCGGUAGACACUCUGGUAGCAAGCGUAGAGAAACUAAGCAUAGAAGAUAGUAACAUUAGUAGCAACAGCAGUGGUGGAACCAGUUCGAAUCAAACUGGACAUAGUGGCAAAAAGCAGAAACAGAACAAGCAGAAACGUAGCGAGGAACAGCAGCAACAUGUGGCAGUAAGUGCCAGUGAGACUGGCCAGCAGCAAAGUAACAGCAGCAGCAAAGCUGCAGCAAGCGUAGCAGUAGUAGUGGAACCGGCGGCGGCCACGACGGCACGCCCUGUUCCGGCAAUCGAUGAAACAGAUCGAUCCAUUGUUUCGACGGAGGUCGCUCAACAGCAGCAGCCGUCGUCGUUAAUUAGUAAUUUAAUGGAACAUAAUACUAGUAAGUUAGAUAAUGAUAACCUAAUUAAUAAUAAUAAUGUGGAUUGCACCAGUACUACAACAAUUACAACAACAGCAAAAACAUCCGAUAAUUCGCCAGCAGUAAACAACAACGCAUCAUCGCCGAUGGAAAACAUAAAACAUCCGUCUCUCGAUACACGACAGACUACACCACCAGCAGUUCAGGCUGCGAAGGCAGACGAGGAAAACAACAUGGUUGUGCUGAAUGCCCCUGCCGCUACCCCACUGGAGCGGGCAGAAUUUGAUAGCAACAAGAAUGUAAUUCCGCUGGUGACCAACACUUCAGUGCCACCGCCGCCGGUGGUCAUUGAUUGUUUGAAACCUGUCAACGUUGAUGUACCACCACCACCGGUAGCAUCGCUGCCAACGGACACACCAGCAUUCGUAGCUACCGGCAGACCAACGAUGCCGCCACCAACCAUAACCAAAUCCCGUUCGAUCACACGAAUCGAGUACGAUCCGGAUCAGUGGAGCCCGGAGAAUCCGACCGGAAGAAAGAAGUAUUCCCGUGAUCAGUUGAUGCAGCUGAAGGAUGUUCCACCGGCACGUGAAAAACCUGCCGAACUGCUCAACAAUUUGGAGAAUGUUCUCACUCGAACAAGCCACGGCGGUGGUGGAGGAGGUGGCGGUGGAGGCCAUCCGAUGCAGUAUGGUAAAAAUAACUUCACCGAAAUGUUGUUGCCGAACUUUAUCAAAAUGGGUGGAAUGGGUGGCGGAGGCAUUGUGCCCCAAAUGCGUCAACAAUAUACGGUUAAACGAACCUCCCAGCAGGGCAACCAGGGUGGAGGCGGUCAAUCGGGACUGCAGCCCAACAAACAAUCGCAACAGGGUAUGAACAAAACCGGUUCUAAAAUCAUUCGCCUGCAGCUCGACGAAGAGGUCAAGCUGAACGAAUGUGCCAACGCGUGGCGUCCAAGGCAUCUUCAAGCGUCACAGGAGAAUCCGAACGACGAAGAAGCCGUUACACAGCAAUUGUACAAGAAGUUCCGUUCGGUACUAAACAAACUCACACCGGACAACUUCGAAAAGUUAGUGCAGCAGGUUAAAUCAUACGUGAUUGAUACCGAUGACCGGUUGGACGGUUGCAUCCGGUUGGUUUUUGAGAAAGCCGUUUCCGAACCAAACUUUUCCGAAGCUUACGCUAAGAUGUGCAAGGAAAUCGGAACCAUCGCCGUUUUGGCUAACAACAAUGAAAAACGUGACAGUUUCAAAGGCCGAUUAGUGACCCAGUGUCAGCUGGAGUUCGAAGCUCGGCGGAACGACCAAACGCGAGCCAAGUCGGAGAAUCGCGCCAAAAUGGAAGCUAGCAAAGGACUUGCCAAAGAGCAACUGGAUGAACUGAAGGCCCAACUGGAAGAGGAAGAACAGAAGGUGCGAAGGCGUGCCGUCGGAACGGUUCGAUUCAUCGGUGAACUGUUCAAGAACGGUCAGCUAACGGCGAAGAUCAUGCACACCUGUAUCGAGCUGCUGAUCGACGAAAAAGACUACGAUGAAGAAACGCUCGAGUGUCUCUGCAAACUGCUGACUACGAUCGGCUUCAAGAUGGAGAAGGAGUACAAUCACGAUCUGAACAAGUAUUUCGAAAAAAUGCAGAACAUUGUCAAAAACCGGAAACAGUUCCGCAUCAGUAGCCGAAUCCGGUUUAUGCUGCAGGACGUAAUCGAUUUACGCCAGGAAGGUUGGCAACCGCGUCGACAAGAUUUGAACCCAAAAACAAUGAACCAAAUCCAGAAGGAAGCGGAAAAUGAGCAGGUGCAAUUCAAUCUGAACUACAUGCCACGUGGCAAGGACAGUGGCUAUUCGAGUGAUCUGGGUCGUAACAACCGCGGCACUAUGCAGAGUGUUGGCGGUGGUGGUGGUGGAGGUGGAGCAGGUUCCAAAAUGCAGAUGGGAUCCGGGUACAGUCAGGGUUCGCUAGGACGUUACGGCAAUCAAAGUUCGAUUAAGGGUAAUCGAAUGCAAACCGAUGACGAUGGCUUCCAACAAAUCUCCAAUCGAGGUAAUCGUACAGUGCCGAUCGAUAUGAAAAAAAUUAACUUACCGGGCAGUGUAGACAUGACGGCCCGGCUAGGGGCGGCUACCAAUUAUCAGAACUGGAAAACCCCCAAUAGCAACAUGUUUGCUGAACUGACCAACGAGGAAAAUCUGCAUGAUCGGGACCGCGGCGGUAGCAAUCGGGACCGAAAUCAGCGCGAUCGCAGCGGUAGUCACAAUAAAAACUCUGGAGGUAAAGAUUCUUAUCACCACGGUAAGGGAUCGAUGGAACGCGAUCGAUAUAACCGUUAUGGAAGCAGUAGCAGUCAGAAUGACGAUCGCCGAUCAUCUCGGGAACCGUCGUCGGGUAGCAUGCGAUCGAUGGGCGGCCAACCGCAACAACAGCAGCACAGCAAUAACCAAAUGCAUGAUCGAGGAGGAGAUCGCGAUCGGAAUAUGGGCAAAAUGUCUCCUCCCCAGCAACCCAUACCAAGCCGUUCUUCCCAACAGCGACAUAUUCCAGCACAGCAGCAGCCACAACAGCAGCAAUCCGUCGGUCGGUUAGGUGGUCCACCAUCCGCCCUCUCGAAAUCUGGCUCCGGUCAGUUGUAUCAGGUACCGCCGCCACCACAACUAUCGCAGCAGCAGCUACCGCAAUUCGCCAUUCCAAAGGAUGUCACCGGUGUGACGGCCGGUAGCAACAGCGGCGCUACGGUGGUCCGAAGAGACUUCCCCCGACCAGACAAAAACGUCGAGCAAAAAGUGAUCGAGUUCGUAAAGACGAUCAACGUCGAAGAGGACGAGUCGCAGACCGAAAACAGUUUAGAACUGUUGCAGGGUAUUCCAGCUGAAUAUCGUCACGCUGCUGUAAGCGAAUUGUUUGUGAGCAACAUCGAGCGGGACACCAAAUCUCGUAUGGCCGUCAUUCAAAUACUCGAGCCUAUGUUCGAGAGAGCGCUGAUCACCAAAGCAGACUAUCUGCAUGCCCUGGAGGAGUUGCUAAAGUUCGCGGAUGAUCUAAUAAUCGAUCUACCUCAUCUGUACAAGCACAUGGCCACUUUCUACGUCCAGUUGCUGCACAAGCGCUUCAUUUCCCUAUCAGACAUUCGAUCGGUAGUACCGACGGACAUUAUCGCAUCCUACGGUGCAGUGAUGCUGAAAGAUCUGCUGCUAGCAUAUGAGGCAGCCUACGGGCAGGAUGAUACGGUCCUGCUGUGGUACGAAUCGUCACUCGAUUUUAGCGAUUUCAUUCAACCAUCCGAUCCGGAAAAAUACCUGCAUGAUGCCAAACUCGGCUAUUUGCUGGACUCUGGCAGUAAACCCAUGGACAUGCAGAUGGUCGGUGUGCAAAUAAGGCAUUUCCUCCAGGCAAAUGCCAAGUUCAUGGAAAUAUUCGACUGGAUCGCCAAAUACGUCGGACCAGAGCGGGACAGCUCAAAUGACUUUAUUCGGACACUGACGAGGACGGUGAUCAAGCACUGCAUUGACAACAAAUCGAAGCUAAUCAUCUCGGAGAUCGGCAAGUGGCAUCAGCUGCUGCAGAAGUACAUCGACAGCAAACCGGAGCGGGAGCUGCAGGCCAUGUACGCCAUCCAACGGCUGGUGGUCGAGCUGGAACAUCCGCAGAACCUGCUGCACACGAUAAUGGAGCAGCUGUACGACUUUGAUGUGAUAAUGGAAGGCUUCGGCCUCUGGAAGGACUCGACCGAUCCGUUCGAAGCGGCCGGCAAGGGCGUGUGUCUCAAGGGAAUUACGCAGUUUAUGACCAUGUACAUGGAGAACUCGAGCGAUGAUGAAAAUUAAAUUAAAUUUGCUGGAAUACUUUUUUAAAAUAAAAAGGAAGAAGAGGAAAACGGAAAAUCGCGCGUAAAUAUUUGACUAUAUUGAAAACAAAAAAACAUUAUAAUGAUUAUACUACUAAUAAAAAUAAUUGAUAAAAAUAUGAAUAAAUUUAAUAUUAAGAUCAACAUUUAUUUA